AUGAGAAGAUUGUUUUUGUUCAUAAAUUUGUAUAUCACAGUGGAGUUAUUGAUUUGUAGGGAUGAGAUGGGACUCACAUUACAAGUUGACAAGUCUGUUUAGAUACCCCAAUACAAUUGUACUCUAAAUGUAAGCAAUGAGAAUCUAAUGAAUAUGACAUCUUUGGGUGGCUAACUUAAAAUAGUAGGAACUUAAUUACUAUUGACUUAAACAAUAACGUUGGUUGGAUUUAAGCUUAUUGAAUUCCAGAACAUUACUAUAGACACACUAACUGACUCAAUAAAUGUCAUAGGUUCGGUUCUACUUUAGAACGUCAUUCUUCUAAAGAAUUGCUAAAUAAAUAGUACUUAAAUGAAGAUUCGUGGGUCUUAAAUGAUAGGGAUGACAUUUUAAAAUAAAGCAGCAUUUUAAUCUCCAAUUGAAGUUGACGGACUCUUGAUUUCAGAUUGCACUUUUUUUAGAAGUUAACUAAGUUCGCAUAUGUCUUAAUUAAGAAACGUCAUUGUUGAUUAGGUCAGCUUUAUUAAUUCAACUUUAUCCCAUCUCACUUAUGUAAACAUCCUCACUCUCAAUAAUUCGUUUGUAGUUUAAAGCAUUUUGAUUGAGACAGAUAUUUCACAAGAAAUCACUAUACAAAAUACUUACUUUACACUUUCAACUGGAAUUUUGGCUAAAGGAGCUCUUUAUACAACAAUUUUCAAUGUAACUCUAUCUUAAAGUAUUUUGAUACGACUUCAUAGUGAAAAUUAAAUUAAGCUCUCUAGCUUGAAUAUUAAUAGAGUAUUAUCUGAUUCAAAGUUGAUUAUAGCAGAAAGUCAAUAUGUCUCAAUAUAAAAUAGUACAAUAAUCGAAUUAGAGAGCAAAGCGUUAUUCUAUAUGGAUAGUCAGAACAUCUUUCUCUAAUAAACAACUAUAUCUACUUUAGUUGGUCCAUUGCUGAUUUCAGUAAGUAAUCAAACAAGUGUUAUAUUAAAUUACUUCAAUAUAUCUAAUAGUUAAGCAAGAAGUCUAUUUUAGAUUAAUGGAUCAUUGUCACUUUCAAAAGGUAAUUUUAAUUCAUUAUUUGGACUACUCAUUUAUUCAAAAACAAUUACAGAAUUAAAUAUUCAUUAAGUAGAUUUUAAAUAAAUUAAUAAAUCUUUAUUGAUUUAUUUAAAAGAAUCUUCUAUUAUUUAAUUGAGUAAUAUUUUAAUUGAAGAUUGUACCUCAAUUUAGAUUGCAAAACUAUAAAAUGUAAUAAAUAUAAUUAUAAGAAAUUUUACAAUUAAGAAUUGUAAUGAAUGCAAUUUCUUGACAUUAAAUACAUCUUAGGCAAACAUUUCUCAUAUCAAUAUAUUUGAAAUUAAUAACUUUCUUAGUCCAUUGAUCUAAGCAUUAGAAACAGAUAUAAACAUUAAAGGAAUGUAAAUGAAUAAUAUCACUCAUAACAAUAAGGAGAUAAUAAAGAUUGAUAAUUGUACUAAACUGUAAUUCAAUGAUCUAUAAUUUACAGAUAUGGAUUGCCCAUAUUGUAAUGGUAUUAUAAUGAUUAGAUAAAGUAAUCAGAUAGAAAUAUCAAAGUCAAUAUUUAAGAAUACUCAAACAUUUUCUGGUUUUAUUAAUAUUUAAGAUUCCAAUAAUUUUAUAGGUAACAAUAAUACUUUUACAAAUAUUUCAGCUAUUUAAGGUUCUGCUUACUUAUUUUCUAAUGCUGCUAUUAAAAUAUAUGGAAAUUAAUUUAUUGAUCUAUUAUCUCCAGAAGGUGGAGUAAUCUAUCUUAAUUAAACAUUAGGAUUAUCUCAUUAUAUCUAACAAAAUCUAUUCAAUAAUUGUUCAAUGAAAACAAAUAAACAUAUUUUUUUAUUAACUAAUCAAAUUGUGGAACCUGAUAUCUUAACUUAUAUAACAGGACCUGUGUAUCUUGAUUUUAAUAAUAAGACCUAUCUAUUUGAUGAUCUAAUUAAAAAGAAAGAAUUUAUAUAUAUAGAUAACUAUAAAAGUGGCUAACAAUUAAAAUUAUUAAUAGCCAUUCAAGAUAGUGGAUAGAAUAGAAUAUGUGAUAUUACAGAUUCACUCACUAUAUUAGAGAAGAUAUUCCAAUUUGAUUAAUUGGAAUGCUAAUAUGAAGUGUAAUACAUUUAUUAUUAAAUACAACCAAAAAAUGAGACAAUCCAAGUACUCCUUGAAUUUUAAUCACUUAAAUUUUAUAAUGAUACAUUUAAAUUACCCAUAUAUUUAAAUCUCAUUUUUUGUGAUAUAGGAGAUGAAUGGGAAAAUUAAUCAUGUCUUAGAUGUCCAGCUGGAUCAUAUAGUUUAAACAAUUUUACUCCUUGUAAAUAGUGUAUUACAUCAAUAGAAACAUGUCCUGGAGGUUCAGAAUUAAUUGUGAAAUAAGGAUAUUGGAGAGCUAAUAAGAGUACUGAUAGUAUUGAAUAUUGUUAAUCAUCUAUGGCUUAAUGUUUAGGAGGAUCAGAUGAAUUUACUUGUAGUUAAGGUUACACAGGAGCAUUAUGUGAUGAUUGUGAUUAUUAUGCUGAACAUUGGAAUAUUUCAUAUACUCGUGGUUUUGGAGGUAAUUGUACAGUUUGUGAGAAUGAUGUCUUUAAUAUUUUCAAGAUUAUUUUCUCUUUCUCUUGGAUACUUAUUGCUUUAUUUAUAUCAAUCAGAGGUAGUUUAAGAUUGGUUAGAGCCUAAUUAUCAGUUCAUUAUCUUAGAAUAAUGGGUAUAUUCUUUGCUACAAAAUCUACAAUGGUGAUUGAUUAAACUGAAAUUUUAAUAAAGCUUUUUUCCAGUUAUUUUCAAUUGAUAUCAAUAGUACAAGUUAUAGAUUUUGAUUUUCCUACUCCAAUAGAAAUUAUUGCACAAGCAAUUGGCAAUCCCUUAUCUACUCUUGGAUAUUCAAUUGAAUGUUUUCUAUUGAAUUCAAGAUUGCAAAUUGAAAUUGUAUAUUUAAGACAAUUCUGGAAUUUAUUUGUAUCCCUUUUAUUUGUGUUUUCAUUUGUAUUCAUAUAUUCUCUUAUUCAAUUGUGUAAAUAACGUUAAAUGGAAAAUUCUAUCAAAACUAUUUUUAUCACUUGUCUUAUUUAAGUACACUUUUAUUUUCAAGGUGACAUAAUUGAAGGUCUUCUUUAAUUAAUGUUCUGUAUUAAAGCAUCAGGAUAAUAUUACAUAUAAGCAGCCACAUCUUACAUGUGUUAUACUGAAGAAUAUUAUCUUUAUCUAAAAACACUUGUCAUACCAACUUUGAUUUUGGUUGGAAUAGUGUCACCACUAUUUUAUAUCAUAAAAUUAUACAGAAACAAAAACAAAUUAUGGACUUGUUAACUACGUAUGCCUUAUGGAUAUUUAUAUGUAGAAUAUAAAGACAAUUAUUAUUAUUGGGAAUUUGUGUGUUUCUUUAUUAAAUCAUUAUUUUAUCUAUUAGAAACUCUUUUAAUCUAAGACAUAAAACUAAUGUUUUCAUUUGCCAUACUUAUAUUACUUGUCUAUUUAGAAUUACUAAAUAAACAUCAACCUUAUAUUGAGAAAUAAUAUAAUUUUAUUGAUAAGAUAUCAACACAAUUGGCAAUGAUAACUCUUAUUUUAUCAUAUAGUUAAGAUAAUAAUCCAUAUACUUAAUUGGUGUACAUUUUAUCAAUUUUAUGUUCAAUACUUAAUUUAUUAUUUUGUACUUAUAUAUUCUCCAAGAUAAUUAGAGAAUAUAUAUCAAGUUUAAAGUAAUAACAUAUUGAAAGAAUUGUUAAUCUUAUUAUUCGUUACCCUUGUUUUAAAUAUUGUAUAAAAAAGCCCAAGAAUUAUCACAAUAAAAGAAAGGCUUGUUUACUAUGGAAGAAAGUAAGAGUUUAUGUAAUGGAGUUCAUUGAGAAAUUGAAAUUAUAGAAAUCUAAUAAUAAUCUUAAUUAAGAUUAUUAAAUAUAAUCAAGCACAUAAAGACCAAAUACUUCAUCAACUAAUACUUCUAUUAGUCUACUUAAUUCAAUGGCACCAUAAUUAUUAAAAUAUAUGUAAGAUUAAUUAAUAAUCUAGUAAACAUAAUAAAAAUAAUUCCAGAGUCUUAUAAGAGAUAGAUAGUCGAUUAUCUAAAAAGAAUUUGGAUUCAAAUGACUUCAGCAGUGUUGUUUCAGCAUAUAUAGAUCCAGAUAAUAGGGUUGAUAUUGAAACACCUAAACUUCCUAAAAAGAGUACUGUCUCUACCAUCUUUACUUAUGUAAUUAAUGGGUAGACUCAAUUGUGA